AUGUGGGGGUCCGUGACAUUUGUCUGGGCCAUCUGUCUGGCUUGUAUUCAGCAUGCUGUGUUCCCACGGAUCCUCCCCUUCGGGUCAAACAAGGACAGGCCUCACCCGGCACAUGGAGCUCUGACAAGGAAGGUCGAGUGCUUCUCAGACUACAUGACCCUGCAGAUUCCGAGGAGCCACGUGCAGGGUUUGAAGCAGUGGCUGGCUAGGGUCCUGCACCUGCCAGGCACCAAGAGGGCCCCCAAGCACCUGGAUUCUCUUCUUACCAAAUGUGGAUUCCUCUUGCAUCCUGCUCAUGAGGGUGACUUCAUCUUCCGAGUGCUGUACUCUGGCUGCUUUGUGCAGAAAGAGAAAGCAAAUUACAGGCUGGAAAUCAGAAUGUUUCAAAAAGGGGCCAAAAGGUUGAAACAGAGUGAUCGCUACAUAAUGAAGUGUCCCAUGAUCACGUCGAGGCUGGGUGAACAGAGCGUCCGCUGCCACCCCUCAUUCAUUCAGGUCUCUAGGCCCUUGCCUCCAAGGAUCGAUGGUGGACAGACCCCGUGGUUGCUGUCCCUUCGAGGGGAGCUGGUGGCUUCUCUGGAGGAUGCCAGCUUGAUGGGCUUAGAUGUGGACAUUGGUGCCAGCACAGUCACCAUCCAAAGCCCAAGACAAGAACUUCUUCAGAGGCAGGAGGUCUGGAACACUUCCCUGGAGCUCCUGCCUCUCUGGUUGGUGAGCGGCUUCUAUGCCUACUCCCUCAAGGCUGCCUGCCCACUGGCAUUGUCUCAGCCAGGGUCAGAGAUCUCAGUUCACAUUCCCAAACAGAGACUGGGUCUGGUCAGAAGAGGAUUGCAUGUGGGAGAGUCUCUGAGCCCCAGAUUCCUUGAGGUACACCAGUCCCACACCUUCACAGUGACGGAGGACAGAGACUUCGUGGUGGUCAGCGUCCCUGCCCCGCUGCUGCUCCAGGACCAGCCAUGCCCAGAGGCCAGAGAAUCCCUAGGGACACGAGCUUUCUACAGGAUAGACCUGAGCCUGGCCUUUGCAGAGAUGGUCUCCCCAGUGCACUGGACAGUGGAGAACUUUUUCCAGUGUGUGGGUUCAAGAGAAGAGUCGCUUGUCUCAACAGCCGCACCAGGGACUGCUCUACCCACCCUGUCCCCUGGAUGGGAGACUGCUUCCGCAGAAGUGCCAUCUGCAGCCUCUCCCCAGUUCCAGAUCCCACGAAUGGCUGCCCAGGAUGAGACCCUUCAGCGUUUUGUGCACCAGCCUGCUAAAGAAAACACCAAGCUGGAACAGGCAGUGCCAUUCCUGCAAACAACUGGGCCUGAGGGAGAAGGCUGGGUCUCCACUGCUUCCCCUUCCCCCGGUACAAUGCAAGAGCAUCGUGGUCUUCAGACUCCUCCAAAGAAAGCAGACUUAAUUCCACAUCCCCAGACUCCAGCGACACUCUCCUUAGAGCACAUGGAAGCUUCCCAGGCUGCCCCCAGACCCUCACCGUGGGUCUUCUUGUCUCGCACUUCCAUGACCACACAUUCGCCUUCAGAAGUCCCCUCUCCUCUGUGGCCUUCCUGGAGAUCUGAUGGGCCCCAAAUGAUCUUGGGUUCUGAACCAUCUGUUCCCCUAACCGAAGUUCCACGAGCUGUGAUGGCUGGGCAGGGUCCUGCUCAGCCAUCAGGAAGUCCCUUCCCACUGGGAAAAUUGUCAAGAGAGACUUUGAAAUCAACGGAGUCCGUGGAUCCCACUCUAAGGGAGCCUGCCCACAUCAGUGAGGAGCUCCCACCAUUGACAAGGCCCUUCAUGAGCAGCCUGGCUGAAGAGGGUUUGAUUUUCCACCAUGCUUCCAGAAGGCCUCAGGAGGUACUACCAAUAAUCAAGGCUGAGGGACCACUGCAGAAUGACCGUGAUCCCACUGGAGAGGGGGUCAGAGGGUACCUGGAGCUGUCAACCUCAGAACCAAGACAGGGCAUGGAAGGUCUGGGACUCAUUAUCUUGCCAGAGACUGAUGUCACGUUCACCAACCCAAGAGGGAGGCAGCCAGAUGCCAGUGCCCAUCUGGUGACCCCAAGUCCAGAGCUCUCUGGGAGGCACAGGGUGAACCCAGCAGUUCCCCAGACAACACUUGCCAGGGACCUUCUGGCUUCCACCUCUGAGAAGCCUGCAACCCCUCCUGAAGGAGGUACAGACAGAACCCUACAGCUUGAGUCAGCACCUAUACGGCCCGAGGGCUGGCAUGAGCCGUGGGCUGGACACACAACCAGCCCCCUGCCUCAACACACCCAAAGCCUUCUGGCUCCUACAGAAACCACAUUGCCCCACUCUGGUGAGCCUGGGACCCCCCCUCUCCAGUGGUCAAGAGCCGAUGGAGGCCAGGCUGACCCCUGA